AUGACCUCGGACAUCCGGAACAUUUCCGCAUGGCGCUUGAACAAGGCUGAGCUGAAAGAGCUCGCCGAGAGGACUGAGAAAGGAGAAGACCAAGCAACCGUGAAAAGGGAACUUCAAACAAAGAAGGCCGUGUUGUGCGAAGAACGUAAGCAGGCGGCCUUGGCGAUUGCAGCCAAGCCUGGACCUACGGGUCCCAGCGCGAAGGCAAGUAAAAAAAAGACGCCGACAAUGGCAAGUGAGUCAGCCACGGCUGCUGCGAUCCGGCACACAGACCCAACGAACGCAGCGUACUACGCUCUGGUGGAAUCGGACCUUGACACCAUUUUGAAGGAGUGGCCAGGCAUUGACAAGGAAAUGCCACUCGCACUGCCCAAGUCCGAGUCAGAUGGAUCCAAGACUGGGGUUCAAGAACCCUUUGACCUGGCCAAAGCUCAGAAUGCCCUUGGGCUUCAUGGAGUGUAUCGCUGCAGCAUCAGUCUGUUCUGGGUUCAGAUCUUGGCUUCGCCCACCCCAGGCGUUCCAAUGAGCCGUCGGAGAGUUGAAGACAUGGCAGAGUUUUACUUCCCUGGCGGCAAGCCAAGUUUCCUGACGGGCCGCAUGGUAGAGCUUCUGACCGACAAGGCGUCUUUGAGCGACAAGCCCCAGAGUUGCCAGAUGCUGUCGCCAGAAGAGAUUGUGCAUUCGCUGGUGGCUUCCUGUGCUGCCGCAGUUCGGCGCAAGGACGAGCUCUCGGAGGAUCAGUGGACUGAGUGGAGAGCACAGUGGCGGGCAGUGUUGCUGAGCGUGCCGGCUUCCUUUGUCGAGAUCAAGGACCCUCUGCAUGGCCACAAUGUGUGGGCGCAGGCCUUCAACCGGAGACAAUCGGUGAAGCAAGAGCAUGAGUCCAUGAGCAGGACGGCAAUGCAGAUUGCCGUGGAAAUAGACCAGUUCAAGACUAUGUGCGAGAGCUUGCCCACCUGUAAGACAAAAUUGCAGCCGCCGCAACUGGUACAGGAGCUGCUUGGACUUGGCCUCCAGUCUGUGCAGGGAGGCAGAAAAGAGGACGACAGCGAUGGCAAAAUCACCGUCAACUUGGUGACACAAGCUCUGGCCGUCAAGAAAGGCAUUCUUUCCUCUUCGCGGGCAGUUGAGCUACUGCUGGAGCUGGAAAUGCGCGACUGGGUGUUAGAGAGCGUGCGGGAUGGGCUUGCCUACGAUCUCUUGCAGAUCGGAGAGAUUUCCAAGGGCAGUCUGAGCGGAGACAAGCAUCACACCGGGCUCGUCCUGGACCACUUCUUCGAUGUCCUUUUGCCGAAAAGCGGUAUGGCAGAGGCUGACAGGUUCUUGCUGAAGGAGAAGCUGCCGACCCACGAGAUUUACCGUCAACAUAGUGGCUCCGACGGAGAUUGCAGCUGGAUGGCACGACUUAAGAAAAGCGCUGUCGAAUGCUUUCACUUGUUGGAGGACUUGACCUACAACAAAAAGUAUGACCACACCCUGCGGCAAGGUGCGAAAUCUGGAGGGACUCCAGAGGCUGUGAUGGAGCACGAUCAGGUGAAAGAACAGGUGGAAAGGGUCCUGGCCAUGUUGAAGGACGAAGAGGCUGAACUGAAAGCAUUGGCUGAAUCGACAGCCGCAACUACAGACCCGGACCAUGCAGAGGACGAGCUUCAGGAGGUGCGAAAGCCGCCGAGCCAACACUCAGAAGGAUCUGACAAGUAUUGGAAGGCGGUCGGCAACCAAACUGUUCGAACUUACUGCACACUCCAUGUGCAACCCAAGACAUUGGAUGGCAUGAUCAGUUUGGUGAGCCAAAGUGGUUUGAAAGACUUCCUAGGAGAAGGGGGUGUCAGCUGCGUUCUGACCCACCUUGACAUGGACGGUAUGGGAGAAUCCCUUGGCCCAGGUCAGAGACCGCUUCUCCGAAAGCGCUUUAUGCCCAACCAGUCCUGUCUCAGAAAUUUGUUGCAUGGUUCCAUGAUUGCAAGAAAUGGACAGCGCAAAGGGGACGAGUGCAUGGUUCCGACAGAGGGCGAAUUGGUGUUCGUGCACUGCGGCUUUGAGCGCGCCACCAAAGAGGCAGAAGCCUUGUUCCGACCGGCUGCAGCCAGAAAGGAUCAGGCCAUUGAAGCAGAAAUGAAAGAGCUUCUCCUGGUGUUUUCUGAUGCCAGCAUCAGGAACCGCAAACUUCGGGUUCGAGGGGCUUACUCAUCCAGGCCCACCGCCUGUCUCUUUUCAGGAGCCCCAGUGUCAACCAUGGUUCCGGAGAAGCCUUUUGGCGACUUCUCUGGGUACAACUUUGGAGAUGUCUUCGGGACCAUUGCCGCCCUGCAGCCGGAAGACCUUUGGCAUCUCAGUAGGACCCGGCCGGCCUAG